AUCUGCCCCAUCAGCUUAUCAUCACACACUACUACUAUCAAACAUCUACCUACCUACCCAAUCAAACAAUAUUCUUCCCUAAUUGUCAAUAUGCGUUGUGCCUCGCUUGCAAGCAUCCUUCUUUCUGUCCUUGCCGUCUCCAUAGAUGCCGCUCCACAACCCGAGCACUCAGUAAAGCGAAAGGCUGGCGACCCAUGCCCCAAGCCAGGAGUAGUCUGGUGCCAGGACAACCUCGUCCAUACCUGCUCCGAUGUCUUCCGUAUUGAGACUCCUGGCAUGACUUGCGCACAGAAGGAGAAGAGGGAAAUUGAGAAGAGGAAGGUCAAUGACCCUUGUGACAAGAUCAACGUGAGUUGGUGCCAGGACAACCAGGUCCUUUUCUGCUGGCAGGUCCCCGAACGCCAGUAUGGUCUGAUCAGGCCCACUGGUCUCACCUGCGAUCAGUAAAUUUGGUCGACAUAUCAUAUUGGACAAUCCAUAUCCUGAAUAACGUCGUACGUUGAGGAAGGUUGGGAUGUCGCGUUUUCGUUCUGUAUAUAUGGACACAUUUUCUC